UUUGUUUACCUUUCUGCGUUUGUGGUCUUUGGUUGAGACCCUCCCACUCCAGUUUCAUGCUCUUAUUUCAUUAUCAUAUUUCUAAUAUUCAUAGGACUGCAGACAUGGUGUACAACCUCUGUCUCUCCGUUCCUUUGGAAUAUUGAGGAGUCUUUGGAACUCGCGUUUACUUCUGGCAUGUGUAGCUAGCAAACCUUCACGUGGGCUUGAUCAUCUUCUGUUGUUGGAUGAGCCAAUGUCAUCGCCGAUCGCAUCAUUUCGCAUGUCAUGACGGCGGUGCAGAUAAUCCCAAGGUUGAAACCAUCAGCGAAGUCUACAUGUUGGUCUCUGGCCUACCGAUCCGUAUUGGCAGCCGUCAUGCUGGUAUGGUCACCUCUGCUGCAUGGCAUCUCCUGGAGGGCGUUGGAGUUUCAUCAUGCCACACAAACAAGAUGAGAAACUCAAACUCCGAAUCGCUAUUCACUCAGGUCCUUUUGACGUUGCUAGAGGGCAGCAUACUACCCGGCCAGUGUGGUGACACUUUGUUAGAUCUAACAGCAGCUCUACUCAAUGCAAGCCAGUGUGACAUACGCAAUGAUGUCAUUACCCAUCUUGUCAGAUCAGUGUUCAGCAGCCACUACUCACAGCUACAGGGUUUGGGAUUCAGCCAGCAACUUUUCUCCAUGCGCUCAUUUGAAAAGUCUGGUGCUCCAUAAGCAGUCCUCAACAACAGAUGGAUCAGUUCUGGAGAGUCAUGAGCCAUACCUCAUGGACUUCAGUUUUGAUGUUUAUAAAAGCCAAUCCAAGAGCAAGAAGAACAAGAAACAAGCGGACAACUUCCCAGAAUAUCUCCUGUCCCUCCUUGAAUUCAGUCCUGAGUUACUGAGACAAGACAACGUAGUAUCAGUGUUGUGGGCUGCCCUCGUGUGUUUGCCUAGCACCAGACCUCUUGACAAGGCGAGAGUUGUUCCCAAACUCAACAGUCUCAUAACGACAUUGGGGGAUGUUGCUGAAAAUCAGAAAGAUGAGACAGUCAAAGACAUGCUUCUGUAUCUGCUGUCGGUGGCCGUGUGCUCAUUGCUACAGUGUGGCCAGGGGCAACCCAUGCAGUCCUUAGUACAGGAAGACUUUGUUUGGAAUAUUCUGAGAACCAACCCCACAUGUGUACAUGCCCUUCUGAUAGGAGAUCUGUACAUUACCCAGCUAGUCAGAGACCAGGAUGGCAGCUUUCUCGCUGCAGAUAAACUGAAGCUCAUUUUCCCAGCCCUACAGCCCAAUCUGUCCUCUCCACACAAGAAGGUGACAGUAGUGGCCCUCCGUUGCAUCACAUGGAUGCUACGAUACCCUCUGCCCUCCAUCAGCAAAAGUGCAUUCAGAUUGACGAAGAUACUCUUCAAAAUCCUGCACACCCACGCGAUGGCGGGAGCAGCAAAAGGAGCUAACUUUGACAUCGUCGUCAGCUGUUUCAAGGCUGUCACAGUGCUAGUCCGUGAUGUGAAGCAACACAUGAUCGAUGAGAAACAACUACAGGUUCUACUGACCUACGCAGAGGAAGACAUGCAUGAUCACACCAGACAAGCCACGGCAUUCGGUCUACUCAAGGCUAUUCUUUCGAGGAAGUUGAUUGUACCCGAGAUGCACGAUGUGAUAAAGAAGGUUGCUCAGCUAUCGAUUACAUCAGAGAGUCCUUCAGUCAGAUUACAAUGCAGACAGGUUGUACUGAAUUUCCUUCUGGACUACCCUCUUGGGAACAAACUGAAGCGCCACCUAGAGUUCUAUGUCAGACAGUUGAACUUUGACCUUGAGACUGGCCGUGAAUCCUCGCUGGAGAUGCUGGCCACUAUCUUCUCAUCAUUCCCACAGAAAACACUGGAGACAUAUGCAGGGAUGUUUUUUAUUCCCAUGGCAACAAGACUAGUCAACGAUGAAUCAGCUAAAUGUCACAAGAUCACUGCAUUGGCCAUCAAGUCAUUGCUGCAGAAGUUACGGGUAGAGAAGAGAGACAAACUCUUCACCAUGGUAACCCACUGGCUCCAUGACGACAAUCCAGCCCAUCAGCAUCUUGCCUCACAGCUUUGUGGCAUCUUUGUCGAUGCCGAGGAGGCAGGUUUCCAGCGACGGUUGGAUGACAUACUUCCUCAGAUACAGGAACAUAUCAAACCAGAUGGGUUGCAGAAGGAUGGCAUGUCUGCGAUGGAGACAGAUGAUACAUCUGUGGAGGAGAGACAUACAGAUCACAUGUUGUUCAACUUGCUAUCAGCGUUAGCCAAGAUGAUUAAACACUGUUCAAUCAUCGGCAACAAGGCGUACACAGACACCCUGAAUGCAAUCUGGGAUUCCAUCCAAUCUCAUCUUCUCCAUCCGCACUCCUGGGUGCGUCUGGUUUCGGCCCAGCUCUUUGGACACCUGUUUGCUUCUAAACAACCAGACAUCAUUGCCGGAACCAUGCUGAAAGCUGCGUCUGGUACCUGGACUACCAACACCUCGGCCAAUGAGAAUCGGAUGGGGAAGAAGACAAAACGCAAGAGGAAGGCUGAUAAAGAAAGGGGCGGAGUCACAGGUAAAAUGGAGGCGGUGGAGUAUCCAUUGAACCAUGGACAGGAAAUCGUCAGGGAGUUAGUCUUUACAUUUUGCAAGCAGUUUCAGUCGGCCUUGCUGAACAAAGAUCUUGGAGAUCAGGUUGUGAGAAAUCUUGUGUUCCUUGGAAAAGUCAUCCACCGUUUGUAUCCGGAUAAAACUGAGAUUUACCAAACGGAGGAGAGAUUGGACAGUGAAGAUGAAAAUGAUGAUGAAAAUGAUGAAAGGACUCCCAAGCUCUCUGCAGAGCAGAAUACCACCAACACGGACAAACAAGGACUUGGACGUCGGACUCCGAGCCCCGCUGACUUGACUUGGUUCUUGAGGAGGAUGUGUCGCAUCGCUGCCUCCGAGGCAGCCAAGACACCCAAACAGACCCUAAGACGGACUUGUGUUGUCAAGUGGCUUGCUGCCAUGGCAAUGGAUGUAGGAGGAGACAGAUUGCCCAGUUAUCUGAAGCUAAUGAUGAAGCCGAUGUGUCGGGAGAUCGGCGAUCAAAAGUCACACGCAGACAACGAUCUUCGUCAGCUUUGUCAGGAAGCAUUGGAUCUCAUCAAGGGCCUUGUGGGAUUGGAGACAUUCUCUCAUGCUUAUGCCGACGUCCAAAGGGUCAUCACACAGACCAGAAUCCAACGCAAACAACAGAGGGCGCUACAGGCUGUUGCUGAUCCAGUUCAAGCAGCAAAACAUAAAGAGAAGAAGCAUCAGAACAAGAAGGAAGCCAAGAAGAGACGACUACAGCAGCUAAGACCCAGGUACCAUAUUGUCAAAAAGGCAAAACUCUCAGAUGGAACCUAGAUGCCAUUGUCAUGGUACGUUUUGAAUUGUGCUAACCAGUUGCACGCACAUGGAGAUUAUUGUUUCUAUUUUGACAUCACUAAAUUAAGCAAAUUAUUUCUCAAUAGGAAAUGGUUUUGUUUUUUAACUACUACCUUUCUAGCAAUGCAAAAAGUUAUUCAUUUUUUUUUUGAAUGAUGCAUUGAUUGAAAAUCAACCCAUGUGUGAUUAUGGAAUAAUUACUGUAUAAAUUUUCUGUCCAGGAAAUGUGUAGGGAAUGUGUUUAAGGGACCCUUGGGCAUCUUUCUUGUAAUUUUUGAGCAACUUUAUUUUUUGCCAAAAUUGAAAA